CCUUUUCUCUCAUAGCUGCAGCCGCCACUUGCCAGCCCCUUCCCUCAGGCAAACAAUCUCUCUCCGACAAAGCGGCAAUGGAGUCCCUCCGCCUCACGGCCUCCACAGCUCCGCCGCUUCCCCUCCGCCGGCAAAUGCUUCAUCAUCGGCCGCAGCACACGGCUCUUCCAACUGGGUCGGGUCUCCUCCGUCGAAAGCCGGUCGCUGGACCCACCCGCUCCUCCCGAUCUCCGGCCAAUAUCUCUCCGGUGGCCGUUUUAUCCGGCGAGGAGACGUCUGUGGCUCCGCCGGCUUCUCUGCCGCCUCGUCCGAGGGUCUCGCCGAGUUCCCUGCAAUACCCCGCCGGUUAUCUCGGGGCGGUGCCGGAGCGCAAUAGCGAUGCCGGAAACGGAAGUAUCGUUGACGCGAUGGAGUAUUUGACGAAUAUACUGUCGACGAAGGUCUACGACCUCGCGAUUGAGUCACCAAUGCAACUGGCGAAGAAACUGUCGGAGAGGUUAGGGGUCCGGCUCUUCCUCAAGAGAGAAGAUUUGCAGCCGGUUUUCUCCUUCAAGCUUCGUGGAGCUUUCAAUAUGAUGGUGAAACUUCCAGAGGAGCAAUUGAAAAAAGGGGUCAUCUGCUCUUCAGCCGGAAACCACGCCCAAGGAGUUGCUUUGUCCGCCAGUAAACUCGGGUGCAAUGCCGUGAUUGUUAUGCCUGUCACAACCCCGGAAAUCAAGUGGCAAUCUGUAAAAAAAUUGGGUGCUACAGUUGUUCUUGUUGGUGAUUCAUAUGAUGAGGCGCAAGCAUAUGCUAAGAAACGAGCUGAAGAGGAGGGUCUAACGUUUGUACCUCCCUUUGAUCACCCAGAUGUUAUCUCUGGACAAGGAACUGUCGGGAUGGAAAUCAUGCGCCAAGCUAAGGGUCCUUUGCAUGCAAUAUUUGUGCCUGUUGGAGGUGGUGGCCUGAUUGCGGGUAUUGCUGCUUACGUGAAGAGGGUGGCUCCUGAGGUCAAGAUCAUUGGUGUAGAACCAGCUGAUGCAAAUGCAUUGGCUUUGUCGCUGCAUCAUGGAGAGAGGGUGAUACUGAACAAUGUCGGGGGUUUUGCAGAUGGUGUAGCAGUUAAGGAGGUUGGUGAAGAGACUUUCCGGUUGUGCAGAAAGCUGGUUGACGGUGUUGUUCUUGUCAGUCGUGAUGCUAUCUGUGCUUCGAUAAAGGACAUGUUUGAGGAGAAACGGAGCAUUUUAGAACCAGCAGGCGCUCUUGCACUUGCUGGAGCUGAAGCUUAUUGUAAAUAUUAUGGCCUCAAGGACGUCAAUGUCGUGGCCAUAACCAGUGGAGCAAACAUGAACUUUGACAAGUUAAGGAUAGUAACAGAACUGGCAAAUGUCGGUAGGCAACAAGAGGCGGUUCUUGCUACUGUCAUGCCUGAAAAACCCGGAAGCUUCAAACAAUUUUGCAAACUGGUAGGACCAAUGAAUAUUACAGAGUUCAAGUAUAGAUGUAGCUCAGAAAAGGAGUCUGUUGUUCUAUACAGUGUCGGUGUUCACACAGCUGCAGAGCUCAAAGCAAUGCAGAGUAGAAUGGAGUCUUCUCAACUCAGAACUCACAAUCUCACAUCAAGUGACUUGGUGAAAGAUCAUCUGCGUUACUUGAUGGGCGGAAGAUCAACUGUUCAAGACGAGCUUCUUUGCCGCUUCACCUUCCCCGAGAGACCUGGUGCUCUGAUGAUGUUCUUGGAUUCCUUCAGCCCGCGUUGGAACAUCAGUCUCUUCCAUUACCGUGCACAGGGUGAGACGGGGGCGAAUGUGUUGGUCGGGAUUCAAGUUCCGGAACAUGAAAUGGAGGAAUUUGGCAAGAGGGCAGACACUCUUGGAUAUGAGUACGAGUUAGUAAGCAACAAUGAAGAUUUCAAGCUUCUGAUGCAAUGAUUUCAAGCUUCUUCUGAUUUGAAUCACAAAGACCCAUUACUACCUUGGAGGAACAGAAGAAGUGUUCUUGAGCUCUGUCUCUGUCUCUGUUUGUCUUGUGUCUGAGUAUAUGUUGUGUUGCUUUACGAGUCUGUGUGGGUCUUGUGUGCUUAAAUAACUAUGUAACCUUAUUCCAUAUAUAAAUAAAUAAGUAGACUUUCUACUUCU